CAUAGUGAAAUGCUGAUCUUCGCCGCCUAAAAAAACUUUCGCGACACAACUUUGGCAAAAUCGUAUUUUUUUUCUUUCGACAGAUCAAGGUAAAGAGAAAAAAAAUAUCCCUUUGUGUUUAGUGAACCCUUAAAAGUGACCCUUUAUUUGUGCUUGUUUUGUCCCGAUAUGUUAGAUGUGUAGAUGAAAGUAGUUGAAAAUAAUUGUGCUGAAAAAACCUAACCUUUUUGUAGCCAUGGAUAAUUCCGCGUAUGUCCCGAAUACUGGACAUCUCAAUUCGCCUGCUUUGGUGGUUUUUUCCCAGGCUGCAGGUGGCUUGCAGGAUGCCCUCAGGAUCCAACGACCCUUCAACCCACAGUUUGCGAUGUCGGAAGCCCAAAAGGAGCUGCAUCGUCCAUUCUCGGCUUCAACUUUUGGCCUUCGCCAUAUGGAAGCCUACAGCGGUAUCCCUGCACAUAUCCUCAACCAUCUACAACCCCAAUUCCUUCAUCCAGGCUUAUCCCUAGGUUCUGGAGCCUUUCGUCCUUUAGCAGACCUAAAAUCCUUUCCAGCACCUUCGGCAUUCGCACCACCAAAAUGCUUGAAGAUCGAAACUACCGGCGAUGGCAUUCAUUCUGGACAUAACCACGGAAUAUUUUCUCCGACGGAAGAACGGAUUUUAGGUCCUAGUCCAAGAGGUACUGAUUCGUGCUCGCCUGCCAGUACCUCUUUAUCUCCACAACCAAAUAAUACUUCAGUUAAAGAAGAAAGUUUGGACGCUCAAAUGUCCGAAGAUGGCGAACAUCAUUCAAGAACUACCGAUACAGAUUCACCAGGUAUCCACGAGGAUAACAGGGGAGGAUUCCGGAUAGGGCCCAUAUUCAGUGGAAGUUUUGGCACUAAUGGUACUUACACAUUUUCUGUACCAGGAUUGCCACCUGCAGCGCAUUCUUUAGCAAAAUCUGGAUUUCUCUUUGAUCAUGAUCUUAUGCUUAGCAAGAAAAAACGAGACCCAUCCAGCUGUCCAGUGUGCGGACUGACCAUAUCACCUGGGGAGCUCGAAAGUCACUUUAUGCAAGAACUGGAAAGGCUUUACAAACUAAACGGAACUGGACUAGCUGCUAGCAGGAAACGAAACAUCAGGGAACCAGGGAGACCUCCUGCUUUGCCUGGUGAUAGUGGACCUGAGGGUCGCUGGGAGACAUUUCAGAGAAUCAAGACCAACAGACAAGGAAGGCUGCGGCUCAAAAUAAGGAAGCGCAAAGCUGAUGAUGGGUGUUCCAUUUGUACUGGAAGACCGCAUAGAACGCCUGAAGAGCUUUCUUUACAUGUGCAGCAAUGCACAAGAAAGAACCUGAAUGAUGAAGACGAAACAGUCGAUGUUGAAGGAGACUCAGAAUUGGAAGAGUGGCACGAAAGCCAAAGACGACGAACGUCUUCUUUGGUUAGUGGACAUUCAAACCGAUCUUCCCGAAUUACUGAGGUGGAUAACGAAGGAGAUGACGUCAUUGUUGAUGGGGAUGAACCGGAAGAAAGUACGUUUGGGCCUUCCCAAUACACGGAAUCCGAUGUAGUGAUGAAAGAGUCGCAGGAAAAGGAUGGAGUCCAAUCACAAGUGGCCACUGUCAACUCUAGCGGAGAUGUAGAAGUCAAGCACGAGCCUAGAAAUGGGCAAGCUCAUAUCGGGCAGCAAUGUGACAGCAAUGUCAGCACUUCGGAUGCUGAACCCAGCAGUCGGCUGCAGUUAAUUGAGGAACUCAAAAACAGAAUCAAACAGUUAGAGGCAGAAGGUCUGGCCAAUGGCGAAAGGACUACUAGUGAUACACCCACUCCUCAACCAGAUGAAUAUAAAUGCUUAAUAUGCUUGGAGCACUACAAAAAGCCAGUAAUUUCAACAGUGUGUUGGCAUGUCCAUUGCGAAGAAUGUUGGCUUCACACUCUGGGUAGCAAGAAGGUAUGUCCCCAAUGUAGCAUGAUCACAUCCCCCACUGACCUCCGAAGAAUCUUCAUGUAAAAUCCUUAUCUUUUACAAUUAUAUGAUAUUACCACAUACUAAUGGGAUUUUGCACAUUAACAUUGUAUGAACAUUAAGCACCUUAAAUCUAUAUUGUAAACGUUUAAUUUCUUGUAAGCCCAUGAGAAACCAAACAAUUUAACUUAUAUGAAGGAAGAAUACUGCCAAGAUGAGUUAAAUCAUUUCUUCAAAAAAUAUUUAUAUAAUAGUUGUUCCUAACCCUGUAAAAUAAUACCCCAUUCCUCCCUACAAAAAAAUGAAUUUAUAUCCGUACUUAAACAAGAAGUAUUAAGUUCUAUAAAUGUGAUAUUCAACAUAUUAAAAUUUUAAAUAUUCUCAAAAUCUAGUAUUAGUAAAUAAUAAUAUUAAAAAUAUUAUAUAUUAUUGUUGAUUUUGUUAGUCCUACUUAUUAAAUGAAUUAGGAAAUUAUCUUGGAUUAAUAUAAAUUGUUAUUUCGACAACUCUUUCUUUUUCCAUAGAUUUUCCCAAUUUAUAAUUUAAUCCUAUAAUUAUUGUUAUUUGUUUUGUAUGAUAGACACGAUUUUUAAGAACAACUUACUUUAAAAGUUA